UUGGUUUUCCUCAGAUUCUCAGGGACAAAGCCGUCACCGUCGCCGUCGAUCAUUGUUCAGCUCGGUCGCCGUCGAUCAUUGUUCAGUUCGAGACGGCCAUCCGGUUCGAUCCUCAACAUUCUUCAAACCUGAAUUCCCGCGUCCUGAAUUGUGGCAUUAGCAUCUCUUUACUAGUCUGGUCAAGACUCAUGAGGAAGAAGAAAAAGAAGGCUUCAUGGAGAUUGAUAAAUUUGGAAGGUUGUCCAGACCGACUUGGACAUGCACGUGAAGAAGCUAACACAACAACUCACCGCAUUGAAACCCCCAAAAGGAAAAUUAUGAAAAAGAAAUACACACACGUUGGGGCCUUUGAACGAGAAUCAAAUAUGAUACUUCUGUAUGUUAUAGUUGCUGAACGAGCUACGGAAGCUUUGUCGAUGGUAGGUGAAAGCAGGCGUGGGAUUGAUAUCGUGCUGACUGAAUUUGACCUCCCCGACAUGGAUGGACUCAUGUUCAUUGAGAAAGUUCUUGAAAUAAAGAAGCUACCAGUUUUCGUUUUAUCAGCAUUUGAAAGCCUUGAGGUGCAAAUGUAUUGCCUGUUAAAUGGUGCUGAGUUCUGUUAUGACAAACCCCUAAAUAAGGUCAAUGCACAGGCUCUUUGUGAAUAUAUUGUACCUAGAAGUGGUUCAUCCGCCACUUCUGAAAUUUCUUAUAACAUUUUGGAUUCACCCGUGUCUAUAAAUGCUGAUAUGCAUAUAGUAGACGAUUUGAGUCUAGAGAAUCAUGAAGAAGUUGUCGCAGAUAACUUCCUUAUGAUCUCUAAUAUGUUGGACUCCCGUCGAAGCAGUCCUCGCCAUAGGCUUCUUUGUGCAGAUGUUCAAAGUGCUGCAGCAGAUCAAUCACCCUGGACUGAAUUUGAAUUUGGAUCAGAAUGUUGUUGGAACUUUUAGGGACGAAAAUGUAAACAAAACCAUACUUAGAUUAAAGACUAGGUUUUAGGUUGGGAGGCGUCUGUUUGUGUCUGUGUCGAUGAUAUGUUUU